UUUACCUACAAACACAUCUCCGUUAAUGGUACAGAAUAUUAGGUUAUGAUAACUAAAGCUAUUCUGCAACUUUUGAUAACAGAAGAAAGACUUCAGCAGUCAUCACACGAAUUAGUGACGCAAUUAUUGAUCCAACAACCAGAAGACCCAAUAGUAUUUGUAAAGCAAUGUAUUCAACACAUCAUACGAAAGCGAGAUAUUCCCAGAGUUAUCCUUAUAGCUCCACCAAGUUUCGAUAAAAUGGCUCUCGCGAAAAUUCUUCAGGAGGAAACUGGUAUUCGUCCUGUCACUUUAGAAGAUCUCUAUAAUUUAUCUUUUGCUGAAAACACAUGUCGUUGCUAUGAUGCUAAUGAAGUUGCAGAGAGAAUGCAAAGAAUGUUAAAGUCGGGAAUACUUCAUGAAUCUGGAUGGAUAUUAGUCGAUAUACCGAGGAAUAAAAAGGAAGCACGCACAAUGCAACGUGUCGGCGUGAUACCAACACACGUGAUACAAAUUAUACCACAGAGUACAGAAGACAAGACCCAAGAAAGAAAAGAUGCAGAACCAUGCAAUUACAACAGAACUCUUCGAGGUUUACGUGAGGCUUAUGCGAAUCUUUUAAUUGAGGUUGAAGCUGGUACUAAGACGAUUCAGGCGCUGGGUAAAGAUUGCGCGACAUUAAUGAAAAUUAGGAAACAUUAUGGAACUCCAUCGCUCUUUCGCAUAGUGCUCAUGGGUCCUCGAGGAUCAGGUCGUCGUUCUUUGGCAAAAUAUAUAGCUGAGAGAUUUGAUCUUGUUCAUGUUGACUUUAAUGAUGUCCUGGAAAAAGCGUAUUUACAAGAGACUGCUUUGAGCGAAAUGUUACGAUUAUGUGAGCAUAGAUGCGAACAGAAAGCAAAGUCAAAAGCGCAGAUUCUCGAGCGAUAUAUACUUGGGUCUGACUGUCUCAAGAGAGGAUGGAUCUUAACGGGUUAUCCUAAAACUGCAGAGGAAUUCAAGCUUCUGGAUAUGAUACCUACUCUACCCAACAGAGUAAUCAUUCUCAAAGUGGAUGUACAAACGUGCAGAGAGAGACUCUUGAAUCAUCCAUGCUACAUUAUUACUGGAAGCGAGCAUGAUCUCGCAUCGAGCGAGUCUUCGAUAACAGAUCCAAGCUGUAAAUUAGAUGUUUAUUCUAAUAAUUAUAAAGACAUCGUCGAACGAGAUCUUCGAGGGUACGAAGAGAAUAUAGAUGCCAUAAUGCAAUACGCGGGGGAAACUGCGUGCAUAAUAGAUGCUACAGGUGAGGAAAAGUGCGUGAAGGAAAGACUGGAGGCCUGUUUGAUGCAACCAGCACCGUUCGCAAAACCUAGAGUUCCCCAACCACCUCCUACGAUCGAUCCAAUGGACAUAGAAUUCGAGCCAGAUGACGAACCUGACCCGAGCAUCUUCGAUGAUAUACGCACGCCGGAGCCCAAAUAUUCUUUUAUUUGACAACCUUCCAAAUCGUCUUCAUACAAAGAAAAGGCAAACUAUAGAUAACAAAUAACAUUUCAGUAUCUUCCAGUCUCAGUUCUUUUAACAUUAUAUUUUUUUUCAUUUUUCUUCUUUUUCUAAAUUUUUGAUAUAAUAAAAAUGGCAAAAAUUUUAUUUUCUGAAAUUUUAUUUAGAAUUAAAUUAUUUUAUAUCUUUUUUAUUGUAUACUCAGCAAUAUUUUUAUUAUUUUGCUUACAAAACGUGCCUGAAUUGAAGAUCGAUUAUUUGUACCUUUAAUUUUAAUCAAUAAUAUAUAUUAUGAGAUAUAUAUAUAUAUAUAUAUAUAUAUAUAUAUAUAUAUAUAUAUAUAUAUAUACAUAUAUAUAUCUUUAUGGCGAAGGCAGGAAAUUGAACGCGCUCCUGGAAAAUUCUGCGACCCUAGCACGCGAAGCAUCCCAUCUUUGCUACGUCACGACGCGUAAACGAUUGCGCAUAAACGAUUAUGACGAUGGUUAUGACAAUGUAAUACUAUGUAACAAUGAGAGCGAUGACGUAACACAAUGUGAGCUUUGGUAACAUCAACAACAGAGGCAGAUGACGUUAAUAGUUUUUUCAAAAAAAUAAAAACUUAAGUUUAAAAAUUGAUUAUUUUCGUAUGUUAAUCAUGUAAUUAAAUCUGGCAAAAAUUACGUAAAAAUAAAUAAUACUUCAUGUCAAAAUUUGAUUUA